AGAGAGAGAGAAAAAGGGGAUUGGUUUCUAAUCUGCGCCGGUUGCAGAUGAUUACCAUGGCUCCAUUUUUCUCUAGCUCCGAGUUAAAUGCAAAUUGGAAUAGCAAUGAGGUUUUGCCACAGUAGAAAAUUACUUAAAUAUUGAGAUGUCACUGUGUAAAGCCUGAAAACAGGAACAAUUUUUUUUUUUAUGUUAUUACGAGGAAGGCGGCUCCGAAAGAAGAUGACCUUGUCGGGUUGUGUCGGUAGCUGAAUGUUUUGGCCUGUGAAGAAAAAUCUUUCCAUCAUUUUUACUGCAGAAAGAAGAAGAAUCUAUUCAAAUGCUAGUAAAUUGUUAAACGAUUUAUCGGUACCUUAUUUACCCCUUUUUUGGUUAUUUUUGAGUUUCGUUUGGUCCGUUGCCAUAAUUUAUUAUUAUUAGGGUUCUUUGAUCAAACCUUUCCGAAGACCAAAUGCACUGAAACAUGGCAAUUCUCCAAUCGCUCAAUGCAGUAUUCCCACAAGCAUCGAUUCUUCCCGACAAAUUAUCGAAUAUAAAAACAGCAAAUUACGCUCAAAUUCCUUCAUGGAUAUCUCUCAGCCGCAAAUCCAAUGAUUUUCAACUCAAAAACCCCGAAACUCAGCAAGGGAAUCUUGAAAAUGUCCACUUAAUUUCCCUUUCCAAACAAGGAAAACUCAAAGAAGCCCAUGAGUUCCUUCAAGAAAUGGACCGUUCCAAUAUUCCCGUUACGCCUCAAUCAUACAAGCACUUGCUUGAAACUUGUGCAAGUUUAAGGAGCUUGCGUUAUGGAAAGUUAGUUCAUGAUCGGAUAAAAAGAUUAGAAAAAUACCCACCUGCGUUCCUUGAAAAUCAUGUUCUGCUAAUGUAUUGUGAGUGUGGAAAUCUUUCGGAUGCUCGGAAACUGUUUGAUGAAAUACGUGAAAGAACUUUGGAUUCAUGGGUGAUAAUUAUAUCUGCUUAUGCAGACGAGGGACUGUUAGAGAAUGCUCUGGAUUUGUACUUGGAAAUGCGGGAUUUAGAUGUUAAGGCUAACCCUUCAAUUUAUAUCAGUCUUUUGAAGUCUCUUUCUAAUUUUUCAUAUUUGGAGCUCGGGAAACAGAUGCAUUGUCAGGUGAUUAAGGCUGGAUUUACUGAAAACGUGUCUAUGGACACCACCAUAUGUAAUAUGUAUGUGAAAUGCUGGCGUUUGGAAGCUGCUGAGUGUGUUUUUAAUUUGAUGCGUGAAAAAAAUGCCAUAGGUUGGACAACGAUGAUGGUGGGUUAUACUGAAGCUGAUAGGGCAGAGGAUGCCUUGAGAUUUUUCUGUAGGAUGGUGGCGGAGGGCAUUGAACUGGAUGCAUUUGUGUUUUCUAUUACUCUCAAAGCUUGUGCAGCAUUGGAGGAUUGGAAGAUGGGAGGUCAGGUUCAUGGUUUAAUUUUGAAGCUUGGGUUUGAAAGUGAGGUCUCGGUUGGUACUCCCCUCGUAGAUUUUUAUGUGAAAUGCAGGAAUUUAGAGUCUGCUGGUCGAGCAUUUGAGCGGAUGACUGAACCAAAUGAUGUUUCUUGGAGUGCUCUAUUAUGUGGUUAUUCUCAAAUUGGUGAAUUUGAGAAAUGUGUUAAGGUUUUUAGGUCUUUAAGAAGUGAAGGAGUUGCUUUGAACGAAUUCAUAUACACUAGCAUUUUCCAAGUGUGCUCAGCAUUUGCGGACUUGAGUUUAGGUACUCAAUCUCAUGGAGAUGCUAUAAAAAGAGGCCUCAUUUCCUACCUUUAUGGAGAGAGUGCCAUGAUUACUAUGUAUGCUAAAUGUGGAAGAUUAGAUCUUGCCUAUCAAGUGUUUGAAUUGAUGGAUGAACCGGAUACUGUGGCAUGGACGGCUAUGAUUGCUGGUUAUGCUUACCAUGGUAGCGCUUCUGAAGCCCUAAACCUCCUUAACAGGAUGCAGGCUUCUGGGGUGAGGCCGAAUGCAGUAACAUUUGUCGCAGUUUUGACAGCAUGUAGCCAUACCGGUUUGGUCAAAGAAGCCGAGCAGUAUCUAGAAUCAAUGAAUAGCAAGCAUGGCGUGGAACCAACUAUCGAUCAUUAUGAUUGUAUGAUUGAUGCGUAUGCUCGAGCUGGUUUAUUGAACAAGGCACUUGAUUUGAUAAAUACAAUGCCAUUUGAACCUGAUGCAAUGAGUUGGAAAAGCCUAUUGGGAGGAUGCACAAUCCACCAGAAUUUCGAAGUUGGGAAAAUCGCUGCUGAAAAGCUCCUUCAACUGGACCCCAAGGACAAUGCUGCUUAUAUCCUCAUGUUCAACAUGCACACUUUAUCUGGGAGGUGGGACGAAGCUGCCAGUGUUCGAAGGAUGAUGGCUGAAAGAAAUUUAAGAAAGGAGACGGGUUGCAGCUGGAUUACCGUUAAAGGCAGUGUACACCGAUUUAUAGUGGGUGAUAGACACCACCCUCAAACAGAAGAGAUUUACUCAAAGUUGCAGGAACUAGACUUCUCUGAUAGUGUCCAAGAACACGAACUUUUAACCGAAGAAGACGAUGAGGAAGCAUCAAAAAUUUCAUCAGAGCGAAAGGAUCAGCUCUUUAUCCACAGCGAGAGGCUUGCAAUUGCAUUUGGGCUAAUUUCAACACCAAGUAACACUCCUGUUGUGGUUUUGAAAAAUCUGAGGGCUUGCAAAGAUUGCCAUGAUUUUGGAAAACAUGUAUCUAUGGUUACAGGACGUGAAAUUGUUGUUAGAGAUUCUAAUCGAUUCCAUCACUUCAAAUCCGGAAAGUGUUCCUGCAGUGAUUACUGGUAAGGUUUGUGAUUAGAAUCAACAGGGCAGUUAUUAAUGAAAACUCGAGAGCUUUAGCUAGGAGCAGCGAGUCGAGUUGCCAAGAGAGAGUUCAAACUUUUUUACGUUACUUAGCCCCGUUUCGCGGAGAUUAAAAUUAGAGUUUUAAUAGUUUUUGACAAAAGUUGAUGGAAUGUGUAGUUGAAAAAUAGAGAGUCCUAUAAAAUGUAUCGUUAAAAUUAAUUGUUGACUAUUACUUAAAUUUUAAUCCGAUUUAUACUGAUACCAAGCAA